AUGCCGUCGGUGAUGGAGAAACCCUCGGGGAUCCUGUCCCGCAGCCGGGCCAAGGCGGGGGGCAACGCGGGGCCCCCCCACUCCGAGGACGAGGCCAGCGAGGACGAGCACGCCCACGACAGCAUGAUCCGCGUGGGGGCCGACUACCAGGCGGUGAUUCCCGACUGCAAACCAGAGAGCCCCGCCCGCUACAGCAACAAGGAGCUGAAGGGGAUGCUGGUGUGGGCCCCCAACCACUGCGUGUCCGAUGCCAAACUGGACAGGUACAUCGCCAUGGCCAAGGACAAGCACGGCUACAACAUCGAGCAGGCUCUGGGGAUGCUGCUGUGGCACAAACACGACGUGGAGAAGUCCUUGGCUGACCUGGCCAACUUCACUCCCUUCCCCGACGAGUGGACGGUGGAGGACAAGGUUCUGUUCGAGCAGGCGUUCAGCUUCCACGGCAAGAGCUUCGCCCGCAUCCAGCAGAUGCUCCCAGACAAGCUGAUUCCCAGCCUGGUCAAGUAUUACUACUCCUGGAAGAAAACCCGUUCCCGCACCAGCGUCAUGGACCGGCAGGCGCGGCGGCUGCUGGGGCGGCGGGACCGCGACGACAGCAACGACGAGACCGACGAGCCCCGAGCCCACGACGGGGACGUGGAGCCCACGGAGCCCAAAAAAGAGCCAAUUAACGCCCGGCCCGUGCUGCCCCAGGCGGGGGCGGGCCCGCGGCCCCGGGCCGAGCCGCAGUACCGGCACCACCCCCCGGCGCGGCAGCGGCGCCGCCCCCCCCGCGGGAUGCGCCUGAGCCGCGAGGACGUGGCCGAGGUGACGGCGAACCCCGACCUGGGCGCGCGCGCCCUGCGCCAGCUCGACUGCCAGCUGGUGGCGCUCAAGCGCCAGGUGCAGCGCAUCAAGCAGAUCAACAGCGGCCUCAGGCAGGCGCUGGACGGGGGCCUGGAGGGGCUGCGGCCGCCUGAGGGCAGCAGCAAGUUCAGCUCCCGCUGGACGACGGACGAGCAGCUGCUGGUGGUGCAGGCCCUGCGGCGCUACGGCCGCGAUUUCCCGGCCGUGGCCGCCGUGCUGGGGAACAAAACGGCGGCGCAGGUUCGGAGCUUCGUGCUGGGCCCGCGGCGCCGCCCGGGGCUGGAGCGGCUGCUGCAGGAGCGGCGGGGGGCGGGGCCGGCGCCGGGAGCCGCCCCCGGGGAGCCCCGCGAGGAGGAGGAGGAGGUGCAGAUCAUGGGCGUGUCCCACGCAGCCCCGCCCCCGCUGCCUUCCUCAGCCCCGCCCCCUGGCCACCGAGGAGUGUCCCCGUGUCCCCCCCUAAGGCUCAGGGACACCCAGGAUGUCCCCGCGUGGCCCUGGGCCACCCCCAGCUGUUCCUGGGCCACCAAGGAUGUCCCCAAGGCCACCCGGGAGGUCCCCAGAGGUUCCUGGGCCAUCCACGAUGUCCCUCUGGAGGCCCUGGACUCCUCAGAAGGGCCUUAG